AAUGUCGGAGCAGCUGUGGGGUCCAGCUCUGCGCCGCUCUUUUUGAUUCAACUUAACAUAUUAAAAAUAACACCUUGUUGUUGUUAUGUAAGGCGUGUCUAAAACUACAACCGGGUGGAUGACAGUAAACCAUUAAAAAAUAACAUGACACACAGUACAAUGAUUCCUGUGUAUUUAUGAGUAACGUUGACCGCUGGUUCAGUUCAACUCGCUUGCUCGCGCGCCCGCCGAUGGCAUCGCCCGCAAUCAUAGGCGGCGCGUGACCGUGGCGCGUGAUGCCGUCGGAGCGCGAGCCGGAGCUGUCCCAGGAACCGUGGUGUUGAAGCUGCGGGAACCGUGGUGCUGAGGAAACCUGUUAUCAUCGUUUUUUCUAGCGGGGUUGAAUAGACGCAUGGACCUACAGGACCAGUUCUGACCACCAAGGAGCGUAACGGAUGGAUUUAAACCAGGACAUCGCUUCAUUCAAUACCAAAGUUCAACGUUUGAUGGUGAAAUCCUUCAAAGAGAAUCGACAGUGAAUGAACGGUUGCCUAGCCUGGACCCUGCCAGAUAACAGAAUAAACCGGGAAUCCUAUGGAGAUGGUCUCUUCUCCAUCGGUGUUGUUUCCAGUCCUGACGUGGAGCCGUGCAGGGCUCGUGUAUUAACGCCAGGAUCGCCUCUAGUGCAUCAGUCGUGUGUUUACCGCGGAGCCCAGGAUUCCGAUCUCUGCAGGUGGUCUACACACACACAGAUGGACUAGUCGGAGAGAGGUUAUUAGAGAGCCAACUACAACAUCUACCAUCGGACUAAUCAUUGACCUGAAGGAACACCCGCCCCGGCUAAUUCAUAUAUGAAUCGAACAGUUUGUUCCCCUCUAUAGCUCAUUGUUGAACUUAAUGGCUUCAGACACUUGUUUGCAUCGUUGGAACUUGCUUCCACUGGGAUAUACUCUCCCGUCGAAAGAAAAAAAAGACGUUCCAUACAGAAAGCAUCGUCAGAUCCCCCGCAAACAGCGACACAGGGAGAAACAGAGAGACAUAUAGAGAGACACAGAGACACACAGAGAGACACAGAGAGACAUAUAGAGAGACAUAGAGAGAGAGACACAGGGACUCACAGAGAGACACAGAGAGACAUAUAGAGAGACACAGAGACUCACAGAGAGACACAGAGACACAUAGAGAGACACAGAGACACAGAGAGAAACGCUGCCUGCCAUCGACGGGGAGGGGGUGCAUGGGUACAUGUGGUUUGCAUUCCCCAUCCUUCUCCGGUGCUGCGGGCUGUUAGUCAGACCGGAGCCAUGCUGCAGGGCCAGGGCCUGCUGAAGAGCCGCUGCUGCCUCCUGCUCAGCGAGCUCAGGGUGCUGCUGCUCGGGCCGCACGCCCCCUCCACGCCGCUGCCCCCCUCCCACGUCCUCACCCCUGUCGGCGGGGGACAGGCGGAAGACCACCAGGCCGCCAGCGGGGGCGGCGUCCCAAUGGGGGCCACAGUCUCGGACAACAACAACACGUUGGUGCGGGGCCACCAUCAGCCGGCGGGGGGGCCCGGGCCGGGCUGGGUGGAUGCGGCGGAGCUGUCGGCGGCGCUGCGCGUGUGCAGCUCCUCCCCCGAGGAGCGCACCAAGGGCCGGCUGGAGGAGAGGUACUCCAUGAGCAGCUUCAGCGAGAGCGGCUUCAGGACCCCCGUGUGCAGGAUCUGCUUCCAGGGGCCCGAGUAUGGGGAGCUGCUGAGCCCGUGUCGGUGCUGCGGCUCGGUGCGCUGCACCCACCACCCCUGUCUCAUCAAGUGGAUCAGCGAGCGAGGGUCCUGGGCCUGCGAGCUCUGUUACUAUAAGUACCAGGUGAUCGCCAUCAGCACCAAGAACCCCCUGCAGUGGCAGGCCAUCUCCCUGACGAUGAUCGAGAAGGUGCAGAUCGCGGCGGCCGUCCUGGGCUCUCUGUUCCUCAUGGCCAGCAUCUCCUGGCUGGUAUGGUCGUCCUUCAGCCCCUCGGCGCGCUGGCAGCGGCAGGACCUGCUCUUCCAGAUCUGCUACGGGAUGUACGGCUUCAUGGACAUCGUGUGCAUCGCGCUCAUCAUCCACGAGGGCCCGUCGGUGUUCCGUAUCUUCCACCGCUGGCAGGCAGUCAACCAGCAGUGGAAGGUCCUGAACUAUGACAAAUCUCAGGACCGCGAGGACCUGAAGGACCCGGCCUCCGGCGACAGGACUCUCUCUCCGCCGGGUCCGGGGGCAGACUCCCAGCCCCCCGGGGUGGGGGCGUCCUCCUCCACCGUCUCCCUGAUGGUUGGGGUCUCCUCAUCCCCGGGCUCCACCGUGACGUCCGGUGGGGGGGCGGGGCCCCAGGGCGACCCCGGCGAGGCGGCCGGACCCCCGGACCAACAUGGCCCCUACAACAUCCUCAACCUGCUCAGCCACCUGAGGGUGCCGGAGCCCCGCGGCCCACCAAGCGCCCCCCCCGGCGACGCCCCGCGGGAGCUGGUCAUGAGGGUCACCACGGUCUGAGGGACGUGGCCCCGUCCCGGAGGACGCUGACUGAGGGGGAAGAGGAGGGGCGGCCCGGACCCGACUGCGCGGGAGGACCCGACCGCGAUGUCGUCUGUGAAGUGCGGGAUUGAAUAAAAAUCUUGUUGUUUUAUUUGUAGGAA